UUUCAGAAUAUACAUCAAAAAAUGUCUUAGUUGCUCUGAAAGAAUAUCACCCGAGGAACUUGUAAUGAGAGCAUGUAACUACGUUUUUCAUUUAAGAUGUUUUGUUUGUGUCGUUUGCGGAAUUCGUCUCCAAAAAGGUGAUUUAUACAUCAUUAAACAAGGACAACUAUUUUGUCAAGUCGAUUAUGAGAAAGAAGUUGAAAUGCUUCAAGUUUAUGGCGAUUUUCUUUAUGACGAUUUAUUACAAUCUGGACGACCACAAGACGGUAGAAGAGGUCCUAAAAGACCGCGUACGAUAUUGACAACUCAACAAAGGAGAGCUUUCAAAGCUUCGUUCGAAAUCAGUCCGAAACCGUGCAGAAAAGUUCGUGAAGCUUUGGCAAAGGAUACUGGUUUGAGUGUUCGAAUAGUACAGGUUUGGUUUCAAAACCAACGCGCGAAAAUGAAAAAGAUGCAGAAAAAAGCUCGACAGGACAAUAAAGAUACGAAAGAUGGCGAGGAUGAAAAGAAAUUUAGUGUGAAAGAAGAAGAACAAAGUCCCGGAACACCGUUUUUUAAUGAAAGUAGUGAUAACGAAGCUGGUGAUUUAGAUCAUAUGCAUCAUAGUGAUUUGGAUAAAAAAACUUUCUUUCACAUCAAAGAAGAAAUCGAUAACGAAGAAAAUUUCUUAAAAUAUCAAACGAACGUUUUUAAUUCCUAUACCGAUUUCAGCCAUAAAAAAGAACCGAAUGUGAUGUGCAUACCGUUACAAUCGAUAGAAGCCGCUCGUUCGAGAUCAUUUAUGCUCCCAUCUUUAGGAAACGCAAAUCCUGGAUUGAAUCCAAUCGAUCGACUCUAUUCGAUGCAAAAUUCCUAUUUUUGUAGCGAAGAUUUACCAACGAUGGAACACUGAGGAUAUUGUGCCAAUUCUGUACAGAAGAAAUAAAACAAAUUAAUUAUAAAAAAGAACUACUAUUAUUAACCAUUUUCUUAUGAAAUUUAUCUUCUAUAUUCUGAUAUAACGUAUCUCACUAUUAAAUUGAACUAUUUCUUCUAAACGUGUAUGUGUCUGCAUGUAAAUAAAAUGUAUGUUUAACUAUU